UCUUAUUGAAAAACUUUCCUGUAUUUCUAAUAACAAGAUAUUACCAGUUUGGACAUUUAGCAUUCGAUUGAUAUACAUUAUCAUUGAGGAUUUAAAAUAAAGAUAUCUCUAAAGAGAGGAUUUAUAUUCUUUGGAUAUACUAAAUACUUUUGGAUUUUGUGAGAAAUUUUGAAUUAAUACUGAUUGGGUUUGAACUUGACCAGGACAGGAUUUUGGUCUAUUCUUGCAUAUUAGAUUGGAUUUUACGGCUUGUUAACAUCUAAAGGUAUGUGCUGUCGCGGAUGCCGCUACAACGGUUACAAUGCCACCGCAGACGACAAUGAUGCCAGAUGCCACCACAGCAAUGGCGGCUAAAAUCUUGUACGACAUGAAACAUCACAAAGCUAUGAUAGUUCGUUCCGACGGCUGCUACGAGUAUCACAUGGAUCACCAAGACGUUCUGGACUCACAGAAUGAUGCCACGCGACCAACUCUUGAGGCAAGAAUGCUCCAAGAGUUGUCCACGGCGAUAAAUAUUCAGGAAACAGGCCACCAUCAUAUUGAUCACAUGACGCAGGAAAUCAAAACUGCGUGCGCAGCACUCACUGUGUACUCAUUUGAUAUCGUAUAAUCACGUGAUCGUUUUCUGUUUUCCGUUUUCAUAAAACUUGUACAUGCAAUAAAAAUUACUGUUAAAGUCA